GGUGUCCUGCUGUCCCCGCAGGUGUCCGGUGUCCCCCCUCCGGUGACAGGUGUCCCCCCGCAGGUGACAGGUGACCCCCCGCAGGACGAGGGUCGCUCUCGGGGGUCUCUGCGGCUCCUGGCUCUGCGCCUGGGGGGGCUCCUGGCAGCCACCGGCGGCGCCGCCGUGCUCUACAUCUUCGGCAGCAACGCGGUGGACGAGCACGGGGACAAGAUCCCCGAUGAGUUUGACAGUGACCCCGUUGGGAUCCGGCACCUGCGGAGAACCUUCAAAUACUUCAAGGAUUACAGACAGAUGAUCAUCGAGCCCACGAGCCCCAAGCUGCUGCCGGACCCGCUGCGGGAGCCGUACUACCAACCGCCCUACACGCUGGUGAUGGAGCUCACCGGGGUCCUGCUGCACCCCGAGUGGUCGCUGGUGACGGGCUGGAGGUUCAAGAAGCGCCCGGGCAUCGAGCACCUCCUGCAGCAGCUGGCGCCGCUCUACGAAAUCGUCAUCUUCACCUCUGAGACCGGGAUGACGGCGUUCCCGCUGAUCGACAGCAUUGACCCCCACGGCUUCGUGUCGUACCGGCUGUUCCGCGACGCCACGCGCUACAUGGACGGCCACCAUGUCAAGGAUAUCUCGUGCCUGAACCGGGACCCGGCGCGGGUGGUGGUGGUGGAUUGGCGCCGGGACUCGUUCCGGCUGCAGCCGUACAACGGGCUGGCGCUGCCGCGCUGGGACGGCGGCUCCGAGGAUCGCGCGCUCUACGACCUGGCUGCCUUCCUCAAGACCGUCGCCCUGAGCGGGGUCGAGGAUGUGCGGACGGUGCUGGAGAAUUAUUCCCUGGAGGACGAUCCGCUGGCCGCGUUCCUGCGGCGCAGGACACGCCUGGAGGAGGAGGAGCAGCAGCGCCGGGCGGAGCUGGCUCAGGGCCGCAAACCCGCGGGGCCGUUCCUGGGCUCGCUCACCGGCCGCCUCUGGCCGCGCUCCAAGCAGCAGUGACGUCACAAACCGCGCCGCCGUGACGUCACCGUGACGUCAUCGCCGCGGGGAGACACCACCGCCACCCAGCGCGGGGGAGGAUGGGAGGGGACACCCCCAAAUCCUCCCCCCCAUCGCCCCCCCCCAAAAUCCCGGAGCCCGAAUUGGCGGGAUUGACCCGGGGGGGGUUGGGGGGGAUUUUUUGGGGGGAUUUG